CAACAAGAAAGGCGUAGGCAAGAAAGGGAAUGUCGAGAGAUCGUGACAACGAUGCGAGAGUCGCGAGGUGCACCGACAGUUGCAAACCCUGGUGCAGUUUUCUUCUAGACGAUCUCUGCUUGAUUGAAGUUGGACGGACUUUUUCCAGCAUACGCUCGCGAUUUGUGAGUAAGCGUGUCAUUGAAGUUGGACCGACUUUUUCCAGCGGACGCUGGUGA